GCCAGAUCACAAGCCUCUCGUGGUUCCUCAUCACACUGAUCUAUUUAUGUGUGGUUCAGUUACAAGCAUUGCCACAUCGCCUAGGAUUUAAUCAACCUGGAUACAAACGUGUUGAUCCUGUACGCUUAUAGCUCAUCGGGUUAGCAUCGGAUUAUGAUCAUGCAGACUUAUUAAAUGGCUUUUGCCCGGCUGAUUUUUACAUAAUAUUGCCUUCAAACAUACAUUAGUUGUUGUGCAACCUCAUUGCUGAGAGCAACAGUGGCCAGGUCAGGGAGUUAAAGAAGCAUAUAGUGUAGUGCUAGCUAGUACAGAAAGAUGGCGGAGCAGUCGCAACAGUACAAAAUUCCAAUGCCCCAACUUACAAAGGAGGAACUUAUCCGAUACCAGACAAAGUUUAAGAUGUUCGACAGGAAUAAGGAUGGUCAUAUUGAGGCUCGUGAAUUAGCAGCAGUUUCAAAAGCUUUGGGACACAAUCUCUCAAAUGAACAGAUAAAUAAUAUUAUCGGUGAAUGGGAUUUGGACAUGAAUGGCGUGUUAACAUUCGAUGAAUUCGUAUGCUGUAUGCACGCGAACAAGUCAAUCUUUGUUAAAGGUGAACAGAAGAAGAUGAAGAUCCGAAAGAUGUUGAUUAGCCAUGCGGUGGACAAAGCGGGAAAUGUCCCGACUAACCGCAUGAUUCAAGUCCUCUUUGAACAACUUUCCUUCCCACCAGAGAGGUCAAACAGGAUGUUAUCUCCACUGGACACACAGCAAACAGGGCACAUCAACCUUCAUAUUUUCUCAGAUUUCUACGGAAAGGUAUUAGAUAAUAAAGAAAACUUGGAAAAGACAUUUAAAGGUUUCGAUAAAGAUGGCUCUGGGGCUAUAUCUUUGUCGAGCGCCCAACAAGUGAUGAAGAAUUUUGGAUUUUCUAACCCACAGAGCGAUGCCAUGGGCGCCAUGCAUGACAGGAAUCGUAAUGGCUAUUUCUGGUAUGAAGAACUCUCUCAAUUCUGGCCAAUUCCACAGUGAUUAUUAGACGAUAAAACAGAGUUCCCCAGAAGUAAAAAAAAUAACAAUAUCAAUUACAUUCUUUCAACAGAAGUAACGUUAUUUGACAAUGAAAUAGAGUUCCCCAGAAGUAAAAAAAAUAACAAUAUCAAUUACAUUCUUUCAACAGUAGUAACGUUUUUCGGUAUUUCUAGAGGGGGCAUAUUUCCUACAGCUAGUGACAUCAGUGAGCCCGCAAACGAUGGCACUGUACUGUACACCGUACGUGUGCAAGAAGACGGUUUAUUGUUUGUUUAACCAACUGGAUAAUACUGUUCAUCAAAGAUCACAGUUUA